AUGCGCGACACCGAGGAGUCUGGGGAGCUUGGAGGUAAGGCAGUGCCACACGAGCCGCCUCACCUCUGCUGCCCAAUUACUCAUGCCUUGUACGAAGAUCCGGUCGUGGCUAUGUCUGGAAACACCUACGAACGGGCCGCCAUCGUGGCCUACUGGGAUCAACAGGAGAACCUUUGUGAUCCUCUGACAAAUGUGCCUUUGCAGAAUGCCACCUUGAUCCCCAACUGGGACAAGCGGCGAGAGGUCCAAAGCUUCCUGGCCAAGCACCCAGAGCUCAAAGAGCAGAGGGAGAGGGACGCAGCGGAGCUUACGCCACGGCCGCUGAGGAGAGGGGACUCCUCCAUGUCAAGGCUGACGAUGUCCCAGUCCGUGCGAGUCGAGCGGACGGAGGAAGUGGGAUUGUUCUCCCUCCAGUUCCCGGUAGAGAUGCCCACAAGCUUGCAGUAUCGUAUUCAGGAAGAUGAGUUCCGAAGCUUGGUGCAGAAGCUGAACGAGAAGCUGCAAGGAACUGAGCCCAGCUUGCUAAGGAAGCUGGCAACUACAGGAGCUUUUGCACUUCUCUGUGCGGGACUUACUAUGAGGAGGCCUCGAAGUUGCAUCGUUUCCGGUACAUCCGCCCUCUCCUUCCUGUACCUCUGCCGCAUGCCAGAAGGCAACUCGACGGCAGCAUGCCGGAAAGAAGCGGAGCGAUUCUUUCGGGAAGAGUUCGUGCCGUUUUUCCAAGUCCGAGGUGUCCAGGUACAGACUGCCAACGUCUCGAGUGUUUGCUACGCUUCAGAGCUUCUGCUGUCGUGCUAA